UCCUCCUUCCCUCCUCUCCCCACUAUUUUGGUUUCUGCUCCCGUAGUUGAUCCUCCCUCAGUGCGCGAAACACAACAACUCCAGUAACGACCGUCAUAAUUCGGGAUAUAAUAAUUACAGAUCGGUUAAAACUUCUCCUUAAUUGACCGAAUCCCAUCCUUUACAGCCAACCACCGCGCCCAGUGGCAACUAAAAUCAUUAAAAAAAAUGAAAACGAAAAAAUUAAAAAAUUAUCCGUUUUUCAUUAAAUUCCGUUGAUGUGGCAUUAUUGGUAUUGUGACUAAAUAAUAAUUGUGAUUUUAGUGAAAAAACUUGCUCCCACUUUGUUUAGUUGAAAAAAAAAUCGAAAAAUUGAAAAAAAAAAAGAAUCCUCAUCCUCAAUUUUUUGUGCAUUUUUGAAAAUUAUUCUGUGUGAAUAUGUGCAGCCUCCUCCAGGACCAUUAGGAGGAGGCUGACCUGUUUUGCCCCUCCCCUCCACUCCACUCCUUAAUGAAUAUUGGAUAUAAAAAUGGAGGAGAUGCAGAACGGCGUUGUAUUGAUAAAAUAUGAGCCUCGCUCACGCUGUCAAUCCUGGGACGACGUAGCCCCCUCCUCGAGAAUGAGUCAAUCGACAAAACGCCAGAGCCUCCAGCAGCCGCCCCAUCAGUUGCUGGAGGCGACCAAUUCAAACUCAUCGGUGCAAUCAGUAAAAAGCGAGGACUCAUGGUGCUCGGCCUCCGACCACGAGCCCUCGUCCGACGACGAGUCCGAGAAAAGCAACAUGAGUAUAAAAAGUAACUGUCAAUUACGCAAUACUCUACACAAGGCCAAAACCUUAUGCGACAAGUGGAGGAGCCCAAAUAUAAGACUGAAUAACGCAAACACCGAGGCAAUUGACACCUCAAUGAACCAGGGAAGAUUAUCACGAUGGUUUAGUAUCAGACGAGGCUCUACACAUCAGUAUGAUGUUGACUCUUCAUUAUCUGACACAUCAGCUCUCUCAAUGUGCAGUCCUAUUAAGGCUCAGCAGCCGUCAUCAACACCUUCACAGAGGUCACCAGUGCCCAGUGCUACCACCAUGUCACGCUUGCUUGAAGAAGAAGAGGCUUAUGUGUCAAGCUCAGCAGCAGCAGCAGCAGCAGCAGCGGCGGCAGCAGCAAUGAUGCAGUUUCAAUGUCCUCAUCACUGUAGACAACCACCACCAGCUCUUCCCCCAGCCCCAUCAAAAUUGACGCAGCAACAAUUAAAGAGACGGCUUAUUGUUGCAGCACUUGUACAAUCCGAGAACAGUUAUGUUGCGACAUUACACAGACUAGUGAACGACUAUAAAAAACCAUUGGAGGAAUCUUCACCACCCAUACUUAGUCAAACAAAAAUAACAACACUUUUUCAUCGACUACCCGAGAUAUUACAGUGCCAUACCCUGUUUAGAGUUGCAUUGGCCGAAUGUGUAAGAUCAUGGGACAAGGAUGAAAUGCUGGGGGAUGUUUUUGUUGCCAGUUUCAGCAAAGCCAUUGUUCUUGAUAUUUACUCCGGAUUUAUAAAUAACUUUUCGGUCGCAAUGGAUCUUGCUAAACAGGAGUCUAAACGAAAAACUGCACUUGCUGAUUUUUUUAAGGUGAAGCAGAUCAGUGCCCAUGACAGAUUAUCCUUCUUCGGGCUGAUGGUGAAACCGGUGCAGAGGUUUCCACAGUUUAUUCUCUUCCUUCAGGACCUUUUGAAACAUACACCACAAGGUCAUCAUGACAGGAUGUCUCUACAACUAGCCCUGACGCAACUAGAGAGUUUAGCAGAAAUGUUGAACGAAAGAAAACGUGAGGCUGAGCAAUUCCAGGCAUUCAAAGAAAUGUUACGUCAUGUUUCUGGUAAACUGUCUCAUCGUCCACUUUCCUCAUCCUCCAGAUACUUGAUAAGGGAAGAUAAUGUUACACAAUUAGAAUUCAACGUUAGUGGAAUGAUCACAAAGUCCAAGCGACGAAGACUACUGUUGCUUAAUGAUUUGGUUGUGUGUGUAUCUGUCGCGCGACGAUCUAACGAUGAUUUCUCCAGCAGCGAGAGGCUCACCCUCAAAUGGACACAUCCGGUCUCCGACAUUGAGAUUCAAGAUACCAGUACAUCGCCAACAUUGAGCCGAUUACUUACCGCCGGAUUGAACAAAGGCGGAAGUUUGAAAUCUGACAAGAGUGGGGGAACGAAUGAGAGUAGCCAGGCAGGUGCGGAUACCCUCUGCGUUGAAAUGAAUGAUCUUAUGCAUGAUUACGAAGUCAUGUCGAGGAUAAGUGAUUUGGUUACACAACUCAAGGGCAGAUAUGAGGGAAUAUCAGUUGAGCAGAUAAAGCAAAUUCUCCAAUCGAUCCAAUCGUCCGUCCAACAGAAAGACGAGGACAUGAUUUGGGCGGACAGCUGUUGCCUUCAGAUGACGUCAAAGCAAGGUCCGAUGUAUACAUUUCAAACGGAGAAUCCCCUUGUAAAAAAGGACUGGAUCACUGAAUUGCGCCUAGCCCAGCUGGCUCUGGACCCCAAUAACUCGCCUUCCUGGGAGGUACCCGAGCAGGAGCACCGGCCUAGCACCAAGAUGCCGCUUUUCGUCAACUCUCAAACUGUUUACAGCUCCCACUAUCCGUCUGAAGUAACUUGUGGCUGUUACUAUACCACUCAAUCAGCAAAACCAACACGAAGACACUCCUCGAGGCAUCUUCAGAGCUAUCUCUGGAUCUGUACGGACAAUGGUGUCUCCAGUCACAUCACGGUUUUCUCCCAAGCAACUUCUACCACAUCGUCAUCGACUUCCUUGAAGAAGACGUCGACAUUCGAUCUCUUUGAGACUAAAGUCACAGCGAUCGAAUUCGUUAAGAGUCAGAGUAAUCACAGUCCUGACCUCAUAUUUCUGGGGACUAACUCUCAUAAAAUAAUAAUUUACAAAGCAGUCGAGCCGGAGAAACAGGAGCAGGUGGCAACAUAUCCAACACCGGGAUCUGUCAUUCAAAUCAAGUGUCAUGGUAAUAACAUCUUCAUCGCUUUGGACACAGGUAACCUUUUAAUCUACAAAAGGAAUCAGGAGGAUCCUCGGAAUUUGGCAACGCCGUGUCAAACAUCUCUGGGCCGUGAACCAAUCGCCAGCCUAAUGCCCAUCAAUGCGACAGUGUACGCCGCAUGCGGUAAAAAAGUUUGGGUCCUCUCAGGCUCCACGGGGGAGGUCCUUAAGAGCUUCUCCGUGCAACACGAACACCUCGGCAAUGUCAAACUCAUGGCACACUCCGGGGUUGGUCUCUGGGUCGCCCUGAAAAACUCCUCGACAGUUUGUCUCUACCAUACCGAGACCUUCAAGCACCUCCAGGAUAUUAACAUUGCCUCCAACGUUCUUAGGGUCACGAAAAUAUCAAUUUUGGACAGACUAGGAACUCCAGGGGAAAACGGUGGUGAACCGGCCUCGGUUACAGUGACAGCUCUUAUGGCAUGCAAGGGCCUCCUGUGGGUCGGCACUAACGUUGGAAUAAGCCUGACGAUACCUCUUCCUCGUUUGGAGGGGGUUCCCAUAAUAAGUGGUCGUGUAAACAUAAGCUAUCACGCCCACUUUGGACCAAUAACCUUCCUCUUGGCCCUUCACAACACCAACAUCAGCCAUGCCAAAGAGGAACUCGAAGUUGAGGAGAUUAAAGGAGGAACCGAGGAGGAGAUGAACAAGAACAGAGUUGAUAAAUUGAAGCAGCAGUUGGCGGGGAGCCCAGUCGCCUUGAGACGAAAAAAAAACAGGGAGAGUGACUACAGAGGCUCCAAGACUCUGCCGAGGGGUUGGGGAGGAAAUUUCUCCGGCCAGAGUGCAUUCCCAGGCAAUUCACUGAGCAACUCUUCCGGAUCUUCUGGCGAAAAUUGCGAUGUAUAUGGACUCUAUGAGGAACUCAUGUACUUGAGGGAUUAUGAGAAUGACAACAAUUCAGGGGUUGACACCAUCUACGAGAGCUUGAGGCGCUCUGACCCGGAACUCGGAGGCGUUCCCAGCAAGGUCAAUACCCUCGACAGACGAUUGAAGAUGAAAAUCACGAGGCCGAGGUCGCUCGAUCUCAGCAAUUGGUCUGUUGAUUCGCAUGCGAGCUCUUUGUACACCUCCUCGGGAUCGGAGGAGAAUGUGUCCAAGGGAAAGCUUUCUAGGAAUGGAUCAUCUGUCGGCCGGAGCCGUGGCCGGGGCCAGGGCCAGGGCCAGGGCCAGGGGAGAGAGCCCGACUUGGCAUUUACGGCAGGGGUGAAAGAGGAGGAUAAAGUCGGUAAGGGAUGUGGUGGAAAGGCGACAGGGCAGAGGAAAUUACUGGUUAUUGAUCAGCCUAAGAGGACUGUUCUCACACUGAUGGGAGGUAGGGGCUAUGUUAACUGGCGACAACUCGGUGCCGGCCAGGGAAAAGGGGGAAGAGAGCCUAACAGUAAUGAUGCACAUAUUGUUCUUUGGGAGAUGAAGUUGUAGUGGAUGGGGAGGGAAAUCGAGAAAAAUUUGAUCGUCAUGGUAGUUAUUUUCGGAACAAAUGGCCAUGAUGAUUUUCUUACUGUUAAUAGUUUUCGUCAUAACGGAGAACAUUACGAAAAGUGCUGAAGGGUCGCAUUGGGGAUCAGUCAAGAGGGCGGAAGAUUUCCGGUGGUAAACACUUUUCUUGAAUCCGUUUUGACGCAGAACAACAAAGGAUUUUGAGGUUAGAAUCACACCUUUUUAGUGAUCAAUAAUAGAGAUGAAUCAGUAUUGAUGGGAUUUUUUCCACUAAUCACGUAAAUUGGGUGUGUUUGAUAAUCUGAGAAAAAAAAUACUAGAGUAGACCGAUAAUUGGAAGAUCGUGGGUACCAUGACAUAUGCUCAUUGAAAUCUGAACAUGAGCAUUUGCCUCAAAAGUUACAAAUCUUUUUUGUACUCCUUCAGGAUGCUUAAUUAACGUGCCAAUUGACAAUAAUCACAAAAAAUUUGUUUAAUCAUUCGUCACGAUAAAAGAAAAAUUAUCUCGUUAAUGUGAAUGCAAUUUUAUUUAAUGGCAAAAGACAUUCCUAAUUUGUUAAUCACGUGAACAGAGAGGGAUAAUAAGGGACAAGACCUUUUAUUGCAAAUCGCCAAAGAAAAAUAGAAACCGACGAAAAAUACUUGUAUUUGCGAUAAAUUAUUGUUCAUUACAAGUGUACUGAAGGAAAAAAUUCCUCAUGAAUUUUCUGAUGGAAACAUUGAUUUUUUGUUGAAAUAAUCGUUAAUAAACCAUGGAUAUAUAUUAAUAAUGGUCACAUUUUUUGGCCUUGUUAGUUAUUAAAUGGAGAUAUUACUAUUAAAAAGUGUUUGUAACAUUUUUUGUAAAUGAGAGAAUAGCUAAAAACAGUUGACGAUUAUUCUUCUGGAAAUUUUCGAUGAAAAUGUUUGAACAAAUAUAUUUAUAUACUUUGUGCCACUGUUUUUUUCUAGGCAAAAUUUGUAGAAAAAGAAGUAACAAUUAAUCACCUGGAAAAUGACCUCCGUUAGUUGGUAUUUAAUUAUUAUAUUUUUGUGAUAAGAGAAUGUAGAAAAACUGGGAACGAUCAAUAUUACGAAUGUCAACCCCUGUUAAGUGAUUGAAAUGAAUGAAUCGACUUUACGAGAAAAACCGAUUGAGAACAUCGAUCUGUUUUCACGUGGUGAGUGAUGAUUUCACUUCAUAUCAUGUAUAUUAUACAUAGGAUUUUAUGUAUAUACAUAUUGCACUUAAGGGCCAACAGAUGCCAUUGUAAAGUUCUCACAAAGAUGUUAAUUUACUUUUUUUUCUUCAUCAAUUAUUUUUGAUUUUUUGCCUGUAAUUCAAACAAACGUCAUUGAGAUAUCGAUAAUUAAAAUGAUUUUUCAUCGAGAAAAACUUAUUUUUCUUGUAGUCCUCACGCUCUCAUACUCCUCAUACUCACUUAUUCCUCAAUUUCACAUGUUCUUCUUUAUGCAAAACAUAAUUAUCACCUGACCAAUCUACUAUAAAAUACAUUAUAAACCGAAAUCAUGGUGUUGGCCUUGUUUUACAGCUCAUGUUUAUUAGAAAAACGCGAGAUUUUAUAAUGGGGGGAUUUACUAUUUAUUCUCAAGCCUAAAGAAGAACCCAAAAUGUUCUGUAAAAAUAAAAUUUAUAUUCAAUUUUUAUGUAAUUCGAUACGAGGAAGCUCAGUUACUAGUUUACAAUGCACUUAAAAGCGGUAAAUUCGUUAUGGGUGGUAUUGAUGACAUCAUUUUAAAUAAGAAGCUCAUAUGAGAAGUCGAUAAUCGAUUUGUGAAAAAGUAAAGGCAAAAGCCACAUCAAGGCGGCGGUGCUAGUGAUACACACAUAAUAUGAAGGAUUGUUGAAUGAGUCCUAGCUUGUAUGCGUGUAUGUGAGCUGUGACCCAGGAAAAAGGGAAAGAGAGAAAAAGGAGAAUGUGUGAAUUUCGUCGCAAAUUUCACUUUUCAAGAAUUUUAUGCCUCUUUGUCCACCAGUAUAAUGAACAAAUGAGACCUCCUAUGGAAUACAAAACUCUUCAAAUCAAAGGUCUUGGAAUUUUCUAACCUGGGAGAGUGACCGUUGAAUUUACUUUUGUCCCUAAAUGAUGAGUUUUCAAGGAACAGUUUUUCUGUAAUGUAUUCUGGACGAUAAUAAAUUUUGAUUAGGACUCAA